GGGAAGGAAGGGGUACGUGACGGUCUCAGCCGCACUUGGUGGAGAUCAUCGUGAGGAAGGCCCACCGUAGUGAUCGUUGCAAGAUAUCCCUGCUCUACAAAGACGAUAGUUCCACUCGAUCGCGCGACAUAACCACGAAGGGGACAAGUCGAGGCUCUUUGGAAAUAGUUGCUCCGCCAAGAUGGACGUGUUGAUGAAGGGUUUGUCCAAAGCCAAGGAGGGCGUGGCUGUGGCAGCAGAGAAGACCAAGGAAGGAGUUGCCGUGGCAGCUGAGAAGACUAAAGAAGGAGUUAUGUUCGUAGGUAACAAGGCCAAAGACAGUGUGGGCACCGUGGCUGAGAAGACCACUGGAGCGAUGGAGAACAUUGCUGCCGCAACUGGCCUUCUGAAGAAGGAUGAAUUCCCAUCUGACAUGAACCCUGAGGAGUAUGGGCAGGAGGCCACGGAGGGCCAGUCAGAGGGAAUGCUGCAGCCAGAAGGAGAGACAUAUGAUGACACCCAGCAGGAGAGUCAAGACUACGAGCCAGAAGCAUAAAAGCAUCAGUGCGAGCCACCAUUCAACCAGCAGCACAAUAAUAUUUAUAAUAAUAAAGGACAAAUACCAUUCCAAUUAUUCUCCUGUUUCACAAAAACCUCCAAAAAGAAAAUAAUUCCCACUGAAAAAUGUUCUUCCUUCAAGACAAAUCUUUUAUGAUUAUAUAUUGUAAAUGUUAUUAAUGUCAUGUGUUGGGUGUCGGUAUAUAUUGAGCUGUAGGAUCGUCCUUCACUGUCUCAUUUCCUUGAUUCCCUCCCAAUGAAAUGAGGCCAGAAGCAGGACUUGUGAACGUAUACUUUGUGUGUAUAUGUAUUUAGAAAUGUGUAAUAGAUGUUCAUCAACUUCCAAUGAGACAUUGGGAGCAGAAAAAAAAGCAAGCAGAUAUUAAUACAAUGAUAUCCUCUUUUAAGUGUCAACAAUGCCUGUUUGUGGGGUUCUUUUUUUCUUUUUCUUCUUUUUUUUUUUGCCUUCCCUUUGGGAAUUGCUUUAAAUGUUUUUGAAGUAAGAUUUUCUUUUUGGGAUUUAUUUUUUUACUUUGUAUCUUUCUAGUUGCUCGUGAAAUCAUUCCAGUAACCUAUCUGUUGGACAUGGACAGUAUAAAUGUUUGUGUGUGAGCGUGUUUGUGUGUACUGCUGAUUUUAACAACUUAAAGUCAAUAUAUUAUGUCUUGAAAUCAUAAUGGUUGUCAUAUCAAAAAUGUGCUUUAAAUUGCAGGACUUGUCCAUGAAAAGGUUUAUGUGUUAAGCCAGACAUGCAAAUCCUCUGUAAAUAAAGAGUGAAAAAAAGA